AUGGCGUCAGAGAACGGAGCCUUUGAAGAAGAUGAGGACCUCCUGGUCAUCAAAAAUAGCACCAACCUGCACGGCACCGAGGGUCACUGCCAUAGCGACAGCCAGUCCACGAGGAAUAAAGGACAACCCUUUGACAUGAUAUAUGUAGUUGGAGGCCGGAGUAAAGAUGAACCAUCCUGUCCAGUCGAGCAGUUCUGCCCACAGUAUAACGAGUGGAAAAACACUGCCCCCAUGCUCCAUCACCGCAGUGACCCGGGGGUGUGUGCUCUGGGCGGGGCUAUCUAUACUGUGGGCGGGUCUGAUGAUGUCACCUGUCUGAGCAGCGUCGAGAGGUUCGAUCCAGAGUGUAACACCUGGUCUGUGGACGUGCCCUCACUUUCUUCACCUCGGUCAGGGGUGUGCGUGUUAGAAAUGGACGGAUGUCUCAUCGCCCUGGGAGGUUUUGACGGCGUGACCUGGAUUAACACAGUAGAGAGGUAUGACCCGUUGAAGAACUCCUGGUCUAAGUUGACGCCAAUGCUGAGGAGCCGGGCAUCUGCAUCCGCCGCUGUCCUGAACGGUCAGAUCUACGUCGUGGGAGGAAGAGAUGGAGACAUGCAGCUGGAUUCAGUGGAGCGUUUUGACCCAUUUGAGGGGCGCUGGUGUCUCUGCCCAAGCAUGUCCACCGCGAGGGAAGCUUCAGGAAGCGCUGUGUUUCUUGGCUGUCUCUAUGUGGCUGGAGGACGAGAUGAACUUGGUCUGUCACUGAGCACUGUGGAGAAAUACGACCCAGAGACUCUCCGCUGGAGCCCAGUUAGGGCUAUGAACAACAAGAGAUUUCAGGUCUCUUUAGUGCUGUUUAAUGGCUUUCUAUUGGCUAUUGGAGGGUUUGAUGGUGUAUGUGACCUUAAAACCAUGGAGGCUUAUGACCAUGAGACAAACUCUUGGAGACAUUUUGGCAGCAUGAAGUCCAAGCAUCCAGGCGGACGUGUGGCGUUGAUUAAGGCUGGGUAA